AUGGCCCAAAAAGCAGCACCACCGCAGCGCAACAGAGUUACCGCCGAAACUCUUGUCCAGAAGGGGCUCCACGCCCUCGACGUUGCGCCGGGUGCGCCACUCGACGCAGAAUGGCGAACUUCCUCUGGGGCAAAAGGAUACGUAAAUGAGGCUGUACACGGCUCAGACGUAGGCCAUACCCCGGACACAAGUUUGGAUGAUGCCCCAAGGAGGCACGUGUUAUUGCGUGAGACAGUCGCGUAUUUGAGGUCGAAGAACGCUAGCCAGCCUUCCUCUCGUGAUACCGAGCUUGCAAAGUACAACGCACUCGUUUCGCAGGUUAACCAGUGCUGUAGAAAAUCAAUGGUGUCCACUGCUACGACAAGCUCUAGUCCGCCGACCAUGGCCUCUGACAAGGGUUCCACCUCGUCUCUCUCUGUACCCCCCGCCGAUUCUGAACUCCCAAGCCCCAGUCCUCUCAAAUUCACCUUUACCCGCACACAUUCCAACUCGUUUGCAGUCGACGUGUUUGCCGACGAAUCAAUUCCACAACCGUCCAUGGACCAACCCGUUCCAUCGCCCAAGUUUCUCCCGCCCUUUCUCCAACACGAGCCACCUCAACCGCUUAGAAGAGUGCGUUCCGACACAGUUCCUAAGGUGCUUCCACUCGCACGGUCAAGAAGUACGAGCGUGCGUGAAACACAGGCUAGUAAUCUGCAGCGGGUCGCCAUUGCUGAGAAUGCGAUUCACGAUGGCCGCGCGGAGACCAUUUCACCCUCGCUGCUCCCCAAAGUGCCCAAGCCACCGAUACCAAAGCGUUCUCAGCACCGACAUUCUCGCUCACUCCCCGCGCUCAGAGCAGAGGUCAAGCAGUCACAACUUCCAACUCAACCACCCAUUCGAGAGAAUGUAUCUUUUUCGGACCACACUUCACGUCCACGGGCCGCAGCAAAUGAGUAUGUAAAUCAAAGUCAUCUAUUCUUCGGAGGUGGCCAAAUACCUUCUCUACCUGCAAGCAAGCCUCAGAAGCGUCUACCAACCAAGCGAAAUGUGGACACCAACCCCGAAGCGAGGUGGACCGUACACAACAGGGACUCGUGGGAGGUAGUGCCACCAACUGCCCCAACGGAUCCUCCCCGGCCUUCCAUAAGCCAAGGUGCACCUCUUGCCGUCAAUACGGCUUCUCCGCAAAGUAAAUCCAAGGGCCUCGGUUUGCUCAAGCGUCGGCUGUCCAAGUCACAACUAACAAUCAAGACUGGACCUCUGUCCUCGCUGGCGAGCAUUAAUUCUCCCAGUCUUCCGCCUCUGCCUCCGAUUAAUGUCAACAUGGUCAUUACGGGGCCAAGUACCUGUGGAGUGUCGACACUCAUCCAGCGCUUUAUGACUGGGAACGACGACUGGGUACCAUCCUCCACUAUUGACGAUUUUUGGCAUCAUGUCGUGCAAUCGGAGUCACGCAGCGUGUAUUAUAACAUGACCGAAGUCACUGGAUCAGAGGAAUAUGUGGAUCUUCGGAGAGCGGUUCUCAGGAGAGCACAAGUCGUUCUGUUGUGCUUCCGUUUAGAUUCUCGGGAACAAUUUCGCGAAGCCAUUGUUCGGCUCGUUGAAGAUAUUCAUGCUGUUGGCAUGAUUCCCAUUGUCCUUGUUGGAACGUUUCAGGAUUCUCCCUCUCGGCAAAUCACCACUGACGAAGCCCAAACCGCUGCCGAGGCAUUGCACGCAAGUUAUUUUGAGUGCAGUCCUCUUCUGGGGAGAGGAGUUCAAGAGCUCUUCAAACACGCAGCAAAGGUGCUCCAAGCUGUCGAAGAGCUACGUCCUACACCAGCUGUUGGUUCUUCCCCGCCUCCUUCCGCGACUCGUGCCCUCUUUAACCUUGUUCGCGGCCGGCGCUCCUAUUCGCAGUCGACAGCAAGUCCCCGUACACGCAGUGCGACGCAGCAUCUUCCUCAGUCCGCAUCGUUCAAAAGACAAACGUUUGCCGAGUCCAGUCCGCUUGUUCCUGUUCUCAACAUUGCACCGGAUUCGGAACCCGCUUCGACAAACUUGCUCCUCCUCGGACCCCAGCACUUCAAGUGUGUUAUUCAUGGUGGAGAGUCCAGCGGUCGCAAGAGCCUUGUUCAUCGCUACCUCCACGGGACAUUCGAAUGGCUUCCAGAGGUGCCUUGGAUGACAUGGAAAGCGGCGGUUAAUGUCGUGCCUAAAGAGCACGAGAGAAGACCCAGCCUACCGCCCGUGGCAGGCUCAAUGGUCCCCUAUGCACUCUCUAUCUCCGAGACGGGUGCAAGCAAGUCUUUGGAUUCGUUGCGCCGCUCGACGUAUAUCGGUGUCAACGUGUUUGUCAUCUGCUUUAGCGUGUCGGAUUACCGAGAAGAGGUUAUGCAGGAGAUUAAAGGCAGGUGGCACGACGAAUGCAGGAAUUAUGGGGCGCAUAUCCCUAUUAUCGUCGUUGCGACCAAGAUUGACCAACGAGAAGGAACGAUGAGAGCGUGGACGACUGCACAGGGACGUGCGCUCUCUCAAUCUAUCCGAGCUGCUGCCUAUUUAGAAUGUUCAGCGGCCACGGGUCAAGGAAUCGAGGAUGUUUUCCAGACAAUUGUACGUGUCGCAGCGGAAACUCAAGUGCAUGCCAGAUGA